ACCCGCUGCCCAUGGUGGCCCGCGUCUCCAAGGUGAACAUCCUGCCCUUCGGCAGCCCCGGCGGGUCACGCAGCAGCAGUCGUUAUUCCAGCACGGAGACGCUGAAGGAAGAGGAGCAGUUUGGAGUCUGUUGGCCCAGCCAAGGACGGACUCUCCAGGCAGCUUACGGUAUCUAUCGAUCGCCCAGUUUCGGGGCCAGCGAUGGCCUGGCGUGGGGACAGCCGGGGGUCCGCGUCCGCCCCAAGCUGCCCCAGAGCGUGGCCAAGGCAAAACCGGACUAUGGGAGUGAGAGCUUGCACCAGCCAGGGCUGGAAGGGGAGCGGGCCAAGCACCGCAAGUCCUUGUCCAACCCCGACAUUGCCACCGAGACCCUGACUCUCCUCAGCUUCCUCAAAUCAGACCUCUCCGAGCUGAAGGUGAAGAAGAAAGGGGUGAGGGUCGGCCUCGACGUGGGCUCCGACGGAUGCUCCAGCGCUGCCAGCCCCUCCCCAGGCAGCUGCGGUGCCACUCAUCCCCAAAACCGCUGGGCGCCGGGCGAGCGGCCAACACUCAAAGACCUGACAGCCACUUUACGUCGUGCUAAAUCCUUCACCUGCUCCGAAAAAUCCGGGACGCGGCGGCUUUUCCUACAGAGCGCCAUGAAGCAGAGCUCCUCCGAGCUCCUUCUGGCCUCUACGGACAGCCAGGACCGGGUGGCUCCAGAUGGGGGACAGCAGGGGGACGAGGAUCCUCUCCCCAUGGUCAUCCAGGACCAGUACAUCCAGGAGGCGAGGCAGGUGUUCGAGAAGAUCAGCAGGAUGGGUUCCCAGCAGGACUACGGCUUUGCCGCCGAGCAGAAGGACAGCGGAGGUGUGGAGGGCGCUGAGGUGGUGGCACCGACAGGGACGACGGACGCGACCCUUCGGGGACGGGCGGAGAGCGCACGGUGUUUGAAGGACGUGGAGUUGGAGGAGAACCUUGCUCACGCUAAAUCCGUGGAGGAGCUGUCGGGUCAUGAGUCGAGCGUGACGGACGAGGGCAUCGUCACGGAGCCGGAGCCUGCGGGGAUGCCCUUCCAAGACCUGCAUGAAGCUGUGGAGGCGUGGAUGCUGCCCAGCGCUGGGCCGGCAGCCGGUGACUCCGAAAUGCCGCUGCCCGCUCACCCAACGGCGGCUGUUGAAGACCUUCCAGCUGGCAAAGCCGAGACGCCGAGCACCCCUGGCAGCCUGCGGCGCCGACGUAAGUUCCCGUCAGCAGGCGCCAAUGGGAUGGAGGGCGGCAGCGAGGGUGGCACCGAGCCCUACCGCUCCCUCAGCGACCCCAUGCCUCACCGGAGAUGCUCGGUGGCGGAGGAGGCGAAGAAUUUCUCCGUCGACAGCAACCUGUUGGGCUCACUGAGCGCCAAGGCGGGCAUCCCCCAGCCCGCGGCCAUCGCGGGCAGCGCGGGCAGCGCGGGCAGUGACCUGUCCCUCGGCAGCGAUGGGCCCCGUGACUACAGCAGCCUCAUCCGCACCAUCGUCAGCCAGCCCGGCGCCAUGGCCAAGCUGGGCGACGACAAGGCCAAUGGCAAGACCAUCAAGAAGAAGUCGCUGAGCGACCCCAGCCGCCGUGGCGAGCUGGCGCCCGGCGCCUUCGAGGGUCCCGGCGAGGCCAUCAGCGAGCUGGAGCCCAGCAUUCCCCCGUCCAGCAGCGAGCCCAUCCUCUCGGCACAGCCGGCGGCACCGGGCACCACCCGCGGCUACGGCUUUGACCCCAAGCUGGCUGACGUGCUGUCCCCUCGCGUCGCCCGCCGCAGCUCCAAGAAGCGCUCCAACCGUGCGGCUCACCAGGAGAACCAGCCGCCCCCGGCGCCCGCAAUCCUCGCCAAGAGCCGCCCGGCCACCAAGCACGUCCGUCACACCAGCGAGCCCGCCACCUUCGUCCCCAUCACCGUCCCCGAGCCGCUCGUCCCCUCCGGCCACCAUGGCCACCUCCCUGCGCCGGCCGCCGGCCGCUCACCUGGAAAAUCCUUCCCGACCCUCCAGCCUCCUUCGCUGGAGGAUGUCACCAAGCGGUACAUGCUGGCCCUCAACUCAGGUGACACAUCCCCCAGUGCUGGGGACGGACCCCGCUCGCCACCCGCUGCCCCACCGCCCCGGCUGCCCCGGUGCUCGCGGCUGCCCGACGAACACGGCCCCAGGACCAAGCCGCAGGUGGACAUGAGGAAACACGUCAUCAUGACCCUGCUGGACACCGAGCAGUCCUACGUGGAGUCCCUGCGCACCUUGAUGCAGGGUUACAUGAAGCCGCUGAAGCAGCCAGAGAACUCCCUGCUGUGCGACCCUUCGCUGGUGGACGAGAUCUUCGACCAGAUCCCCGAGCUGCUGGAGCACCACGAGCAGUUCCUGGAGCAGAUCCACGACUGCGUGCAGAACUGGCACGAGAAGCAGAAAGUGGGCGACCUCCUGGUGCAGUCGUUCUCCAAGGAUGUGCUGGUGAACAUCUACUCUGCCUACAUUGAUAACUUCCUGAAUGCCAAGGAUGCCGUCAGGAUCGCCAAGGAAGCCCGGCCGGCUUUCAUGAAGUUCCUGGAGCAAAGCAUGCGGGAGAACAAGGAGAAGCAGGCCCUGUCUGACCUGAUGAUCAAGCCGGUGCAGAGGAUCCCACGAUACGAGCUGCUGGUGAAGGACCUGCUGAAGCACACACCUGAGGACCACCCCGACCACCCCUUCCUCAUCGACGCCCAGCGCAACAUCAAGCAAGUGGCUGAGAGGAUCAACAAGGGCAUGAAGAGCGCAGAGGAGGUGGAGAGGAACGCCAGGAUCGUGCAGGAGAUUGAGUCCCACAUCGAAGGGAUGGAGGAUCUCCAGGCUCCGCUCCGCAGGUUCCUGCGCCAGGAGAUGGUCGUGGAAGUGAAGGCAGUGGGUGGGAAGAAGGACCGCUCAUUCUUCCUCUUCACGGACCUGCUGGUGUGCACCACGCUGAAACGCAAGUCGGGCUCGCUCCGCCGCAGCUCCAUGAGCCUGUACACUGCAGCCAGCGUGAUCGACACCGCCAGCAAGUACAAACUGCUCUGGAAGCUGCCCCUGGAGGAUGUGGACAUUGUCAAAGGUGCCUCACAAGCCACCAACAGGGAGAGCAUCCAGAAAAGCAUCAGCCGCCUGGAUGAGGACCUCAACACGCUGGGGCAAGUCAGCAAGCUGUCAGAGACCCUCAGCUUCCCCCACCAGGGCCUGGAUGACGUGAUCAAGGACCUGAUGGCCGCCAUCCACCGGGAGCUGUCGGAGAAGCAGUCCCUGUCCUUCAGUAUGGCCUUCCCCCCCAACAAGGUGGAGCUCAGCACCACCAAAGCUGAUGGCACUGAGUCCUUCAUCUUCGAGUUCCCCAACCCUGACGCCCGGCUCAGCUUCGAGCAAGCCUUCGAGGAUGCCAAGAAAAAGCUGGCUUCCAGCAGAAACUGCCUGGACCCUGAGUUCCUCAAAGCCAUCCCCAUCAUGAAGACACGGAGUGGGAUGCAGUUCUCCUGCGCUUCUCCCAGCCACGGCAGCCCGGAGAGCUCGCACGAGGUUUGGGUUUGCAACAGCGACGGCUACGUGGGGCAGGUGUGCCUGCUGAGCAUCCGCAAGGAGCCCACGGUGGAGGCUUGCAUCGCCGUCUGCUCCGCCAGGAUCCUCUGCAUCGCCUCCGUGCCCGGCCUCAAGCGCACCUACAGCAGGGAGCGUGCGGAGCCGCUGGGCAGCCCCUCGGCCGAGCUGGGUCCGGCACAGCCGGAGGAUGCGGGGCCGCAGCCGUGCCUGCACAUCUCCAUCUCGGGCUCGUCGCUGGAGCUCUCGGAGCCCGUGGAGGGCGGCAACAGGGAGCUGGUGCCCUUUGACAGCGAUGACACGGAUGAUGAGUCCUCGCCCAGUCCCUCCGGGACGCUGCAGAGCCAAGCCAGCCAUUCCACCAUCUCCUCCAGCUUUGGCAAUGAAGAGAUCCCGAGCUGCAAGGAGGCGACAGUAGAGACGACGAGCUCGGAGGAAGAGCAGGAGCCUGGUUUCAUGCCCAUCACGGGCACCUACGGGCAGAACCGGCACGGCGAGAGCCCCACGGACGGGCGGGCCCUGCGCCGCUCCAGCCGCGGCUCCUUCACCCGCGGCAGCCUCGAGGACCUCCUCAGCCUGGACCCCGAAGCCCACCAGAGCUCCAUGUGGCUGGGCACCGAGGAUGGCUGCAUCCACGUGUAUCAGUCCUCAGACAACAUCCGGAACAGGAAGAACAGCAUGAAGAUGCAACACGCUGCUGCUGUCAUGUGCAUCCUGUACCUGGAUAACCAGGUGUUUGUGUCAUUGGCCAACGGGGAGCUCGUUGUGUACCAGCGGGAAGCAGGCCGCUUCUGGGACCCCCAAAACUCCAAGUCGCUGUCCCUGGGCUCACCGGGGAGCCCCAUCACCAAGAUGGUGGCAGUGUCAGGGAAGCUGUGGUGCGGCUGCCAAAACCGAGUCAUCGUCCUCAACACCACCACGCUGGCACAGGAGCACACGCUCCAGGUGGGGCAGGACGGCGGGCGCAGUGUCACCUGCAUGGUGAGCGCGGGCAGCGGCGUGUGGGUCGCGCUGCAGGGCAGUGCCCAGGUCCGGCUGUACCAUGCCACCACCUAUGAGCAGCUGGCAGAGGCAGACAUCACCCCCCCGGUGCACAAGAUGCUCGCAGGCUCGGAUGCCAUUAUCCGGCAGCACAAGGCCGCCUGCCUGCGGAUCACGGCGCUGCUGGUGUGCAAGGACCUGCUGUGGAUCGGGACCAGCGCCGGCGUGGUGCUGACCCUGUCGGUGUCGGCCAAGGCAGCCCCCACGCUGGUGGGGCUGUCCCAGGGCCACACCGGCCACGUUCGCUUCCUCACAGCCAUCGAGCUGCCUGACGGCUUUGAUGUCCUCUUCCCGCUGCCCAGGGACACGGGGGCCGAGAAGCCGAGCGAGGCCGAGAAACGAGACCCGUCCCGCCCCCGUGCCCCCGCCCUGGCGCUGUCCAAGCCCAAGAUGUUGGUGAUCAGCGGCGGGGACGGCUACGAGGAUUUCCGGCUGACCAGCAGCAGCGAGACCGUGGGCCGGGACGACAGCACCAACCACCUCCUGCUCUGGAGAGCGUGACCAGCCCCUGGCCCCCAG